UGAGAAGCUUGCUUUGGGCUGAAAACUACGAAGCCUUUUCCACCGUUGGAUUUCCGCACAUCUGGCCAUCUUGGAUGCACUAUUCGUUAAAACUUCACUUCUUUCAUUAAUGGCAUUUUUGUUAUUUUAACUAACUUUAAACCUCUUAUCCUAUUUUACCUUAUAUCCUUACAUGCCUAAGUUCUUCGUUCCUCCAUCUCUCUUUAAUAAUAGACUUCUCUGUUUAAUCUUUGAUCUCUGCAUCUGCUUUCAGACUGCACGAUUUUUUUUUCGUUUUUGUGCCUUGCUAUUCUAUGUCGAUCACUACAGAGGCAACUUUAUUUCUGAAUCUUCCAAAAGUGAAAUCUCAUCGGGUCAUGGACAACCAUCGAGGAGCUCUAGCUACAAUGACGAUCGACGAUGUACUCAGUAGUAUUCAUCAGAGGCAAUAAUGGCAUACAGACGGAGUGUAACCUCCAGAGCUAAGUUUUUUAUCACCAGCAACUUAUUACACCUUCUCUUUCGCACAUACAACAUGAUGAUGAUCGAAAAAACUGUCGAACCUGACUCCCAUGAUACUAAAGUAUUCCGUUACAUUCAGUACAUAUAUAUAUUGGCUGGUAACGGUGUUGGUGGUUAGAAACUCUCGUUUCUGGACCAGAGAUAGUGGAUAAGAUGGAGUAUGUGAGAAAUAUUGCAGAUGUGCUGCCUGAUAGUGCUAGUGAGGCCGUGCCUUCUCAAGCUCCAAUGGUGAAUGAGGUGCCAAUGACUGCUGCAGACUCCUUUUUGGCAGUUGCUAUCUUGGAGCACUUGAUUGAUUAUGUCCAUUGCUAUACUGGCUUCAAUUGGUGGGCAUUAAUUGAAGCAACAAGUGUUAUGAUUAGAUUAAUAACUCUUCUAUUGAAUACACACCAGAUUAAAGCCACUACAAGAGUAACACUUUUGAGGCCAAAAUUGGAUGUGAUACUAAAAGACAUGCAGGACAGGGUAAUGAUCACUUGGGGCUCUUUUAUGAUCUAGAUUUGAAACUUUGUCUGCUAUUAUGUUACACGAUUUCAUUUGAACAACCCCUAGUGCAUCCUAUUUAUGGUAAAUUUGAGUGCACUAUAUCCCACUGCAUUGUACUUAAAAAAGGGCUAAAAAUGAAAUUUAGUGUAUAUGGAAAAUCUUGAAAAACUAAAGUCAUAGUGAAGUUCUCCUCUUUGAUUCUGCAUAUCUGCCAUUUUAAUUUUUUUUAGAGAAAGUUAGUUAUUAGUUCCCUGCAUAUUAAAGUUUAGACAACUAUUAACUUCAUGGUAGCAUAGAUUAGAUAGCUUCAUAUCUGUAAUUAUAAUUUUAUAGUUGAGAUGUCAUAGGUUAAUUUCCUUCCUCUUUGAUAGUAUGAAUUAAUAAAAUUUCUGCAAAGAUAUUCCAAAGUUGGUUACUGCUUUGUUGUGAUUUAAUUAGUCUUGAGAAAAUAUAUAAUACAAAUACAUGCUUAUAAACUAAUUCAGAUUUAUCUAGAUUAUUUGGUUUAUAAUUGACUCUAAAUUAUUGCUUUGGAUGCUUUAAUUUUAAUUUAUCUUUCACGCAAUGUUCAUAUCAAGGCUAUUAGUUCAACUGGUAGAGCAAUAUGCAUAUUUGCAUGAAGGUGCGGGUUCAAAUCCCGCAUAGCCUGCUCAUAUAUCAUUUUUUAGUUUUUGAAACAACCUCUGAAGUUUUUGCCGUCUUUGAAAUCCGGCUGGGUGAAACCACCAUUUUUAGGAUCCUCAAGACUUCAAAUUAGGAACAUGUUCUCCACGAGAAAUGGCGGUUUUAGCAGAAUCUGAAGCGGAGGAGGAGAAAACAGAGGUGAAAGAAAACUUCACUGUAGUGAGAAGUAACCUAUUUUGUUUCUUGGUAUGCUCAUUGACUAGAUCUCUGCACAGAAGCUCACUCUAUUGUUGGCAGAAAAAGAAAACCAUCCUCUCUUUGCAAAUAUCACAGAGGGGUGAAGUGGAGAAGAGUUACCCCGUGGUGCUUGGGGUCACAUCCCUGAAACAAAGAAGCAUCAUCUGCAACACAAAGAGAAACUUCCUUUUUAUUGCAUACAUCACACUGGAUCAUCAUUUUUUGGUUAACUAUUGAUCAAGAAGAGAGGUGGAGGCUGAGGUCAAAGGGGACAGAAAUGGCAGGAUACCUUUGUUCAACUAAGAUCAAUUGUGUUAAUAUCUUUCAUCUUAAACAUACUAAACUUAAAUAUGACUCAACUCUAAGUAAGACAUAUGCAUAAUCUAUUGCAUUCUACAAUUAAAAUAAAUGGAGCAUCUACAUGAAAUUAAAGUUGGGAAGAAAUUAAAUCAUCGAUCCACUUGUUGAGAUAGCCCAUGUGGGAUUCGAACUCACAUCUUCGUGUGGUUACACGAUGCUCUUCCAAUUGAGCUAAUGGGCUGUAAGAAAAAUAUGUAACUUUCCAUUGCAAAAAGUUAUCACAUUAUGUUUAAAAGUUG